CAGAUGUAAGUUUAAUCCAGGCAACAGUAAAAGCUGGGGAAUGAAUCCUGCCCUUUUUUUCCUACUAAUGUGCAAAUCAGAAGAAUUUCCAUCAGCCAGCGCAGCUGUAAAGGUGGACUGCUGGAACUGUGUGGCGUGCUUUAUUCUCUCCAUCUCUUUGUGUGGAUCUAUUUACUCUUAAAGCUCGGCUGCAAGAGGUGUCUGCUCAGUGUUUAAAGGACUCUGCAGGACCGUGACUCUGUUCAUUCAUCUUCAGACAAAACAGGAGGACGGGUAGAUGAAUCAAGGGAAAACAUACAUUUAAGCAACGCCUUAUUUUUUUUUUCUUAUUUAAAUGGACUUCAUGUCUCUAAAUCCAGUGAUUGCAGUUUUGUUUGACCCAAACUAAGAGAGGUGAAGCAACAAUGUAGUCACUGGCUUCUGACUUAUUUUGGACAGGAUUUUCACCUGAUCAGAUAUUCAUCACUCUUUGCAGAAAGGAGGAAUUUACACAGACUUGAGUAUUCGGCUCAAUCUAGAGCAUCCUUCAGACUGAAUUAGUACGCAUCCUUGAAGGAAACUUUGUUACCUUGGUGGAGUUUUUCCCCAUUUGAUUUUCUUCAGAGGAGAAUUUUAUUUGAGAAGAUUUUUAUCAAAACUGUCAUUUAGAAGCCAGGAUGCAGGUAUCCUUAGUGUGCACAGAUCACCGUGGGGGAGUGAGCCGCAACACAGAGGACCGGCUUAACCGCCAGAAUGCCAACAGCCCCAGCACAGGCACCCGCAGCAAGUUCAGGGCAGUGGCGAUGGUUGCUCGCAGUCUUGGGCAGCUCUCAGUUCAGAGCGUGCCCUCCUCCAGCGAGCAAAGCAUCAAGACGGGCAUGAAGUAUAGAAACCUUGGAAAGUCUGGCCUGCGCGUCUCCUGCCUUGGAUUAGGAACAUGGGUGACAUUCGGUGGGCAGAUAACGGAUGAGAUGGCAGAGCAGCUGAUGACUCUGGCCUAUGAAAACGGCAUCAAUCUGUUUGACACAGCGGAGGUCUACGCUGCUGGAAAGGCAGAGGUGGUGCUCGGGAACAUCAUAAAGAAGAAAGGAUGGAGACGCUCCAGUCUGGUGAUAACCACAAAGAUUUUCUGGGGCGGCAAAGCAGAGACUGAAAGAGGUUUAUCUCGAAAACACAUUAUAGAAGGUUUAAAGGCUUCUUUAGAAAGACUGCAGUUAGACUACGUGGAUGUAGUCUUCGCCAAUAGACCCGACCCGAACACACCAAUGGAAGAAACUGUACGAGCUAUGACGCAUGUAAUAAACCAGGGUAUGGCCAUGUACUGGGGAACAUCCCGCUGGAGCCCGAUGGAAAUAAUGGAGGCGUACUCCGUGGCAAGGCAGUUCAACCAGAUUCCUCCUAUAUGUGAGCAGGCAGAGUAUCACAUGUUCCAGAGGGAGAAGGUGGAGGUGCAGCUUCCUGAGCUUUUCCAUAAGAUAGGUGUUGGGGCCAUGACAUGGUCUCCGCUGGCUUGCGGGAUCAUCUCAGGGAAAUACGACGGCAGGGUGCCUCCCUACUCUCGGGCAUCUCUGAAGGGCUACCAGUGGUUGAAGGACAAGAUCUUGAGCGAGGAGGGCCGGCGUCAGCAGGCGAAGUUGAAAGAGCUGCAGGCAAUCGCGGAGCGGCUGGGCUGCACACUGCCCCAACUCGCCAUCGCGUGGUGCCUACGAAACGAGGGGGUGAGCUCUGUCCUUUUAGGGGCGUCAAACACGGACCAGCUGAUGGAGAACAUAGGAGCGAUCCAGGUCCUACCAAAGCUGUCAUCAUCGAUCACCCACGAGGUGGACAGCAUCCUGGGGAACAAGCCGUACAGUAAAAAAGACUAUCGCUCCUAACGGGUGCAAUGGCCCCGCCCGGUAGGGCUGCACCCGGCCUGCAGCUGCAGCGCCCCACCUUUGCCUGAUCCUCUGUUUGCUUGAGCUUUUACUGAGUGAGACCCUGGCGCAUGAGUCUGGCCUCACCAAGGCCACGCAGGGCACCUCAUUUAGAGUUACAGAGAUAACAAAAAGGGGGAAUAAAUCGAGUCACCUCCGCAGGACGGGACGGUAUAUAAACUGAACAGUAAGAGAGGUUAGGGAUAUGCGCUCAUAAGUAAAUCAGUUAUACAUCUUAUUCAGCUGAAAGUACUUUAAAAAUCAUGGAGAAAAUUUAGGAAAAAACAUCUUUUUAAAAAAACAAAACAAAAAAAAGCACAUGCUUGCUUGGCAGCCAGACCUUUUUUUUUUCAUAAACAUUUUUCUAAAACUGAAUGCAACUAAAAAAAAAAAAAUCUAUAUAUAAAGUUCAUACUGUAGGAAUAUGAGAACUGCUGUUGCACAUGUACCAUAGACAUGCAUUUGUUCCUGAGACGUUCUGUUUACAAACACUUGUGUAAAAGUCCGUCAAAGUUUCUCUGUAAGAACGUUUGUGUUGUUGACGUCAGCGGGCCCCUCGAGGGCCUCUAUCAGCACUUUAGUACUGUCAGUAAAGGUGUUUGGGGGAGGGGGGGUAGUUCUAAAGAAGAGAGAACAUGAAUAUAAACAUAGUCUUAUGUCGUAACCAUUGCACUAUAGAUUCACGUCGCUUCUCGUCCUCCCUGUGUUCCCGCUGACAGUACGCUUGUCCAGCCUGACGUACCGAUGCUCCUGGUGGCCAGCAGGAGCAGCACUCGUCUGCAUCACUGUGUUCCCCACCCUGCCGUUUUAAAGGCCGCACAGGAGGCGAUGGCGUCUCACCUCUCCUUGAUCGAGUUCUGUUCCAGUAUUUGCCUUAUUUACAGUUGCAUCGUACUGUGCUUUGGGCUUCAGCGUAGGCAGGCAGCCCUCCUCCUUGGCUGGUCCCAGCUGAGGCUUCACUGUUGGGAGUGGGAGGAAGGAGGCACGUGUCCAGUUAAUCAGUGGGCUGCAGCAGCUCAGGGAAACGGAGAGGGUGGUUUCAUGUGGGCGUCAGUGUUUGGUAGGUUUAUUUCGUUUGUUUUUCUUUUUAGCAUGGCUCGAGCCAAAGAUCUUUGUCUCUUUUUAGCUGACACACUUUUACUUCCUGCAACAAUACGGGGUCAUCCUUAAGCAUGUGUUGUCCAGCUUGGUAUAUCUAUUUAUGGGAUGGACUCUAUUUCAUAUAUCUUUACCUGACCAGACUCUUAUAGUGGUUAGCAAAAAUAUGUCCUUCAUAUACAGAACGCGCAAGUAGUGCGGCCAAAUGCUUUUAGUGCGGUAAGAUUCGGCCUAAGCAGCAGAAAACCCGGCAGACCUGGUGCUGAUGGCAUCAGUGUUUGUCCUUUGGGGGGGUCUCUUACUGUGACUGAAGCACAAGCUGAUCGCAUGUGACACAUCAGCCGAUGGGGUGAGCAAGAUGAUGCUUCUCAGCUUUAAAAAAGUUGUGUACAUAAAUCUUUACAGCUCAUAUAUCUCACUCUUAUUUGAAGAAAGCUAAGAGAAAAAAAAAACAAGUGCAGAUGAAAAAAAAAAACUUUCAGUGUUAAUCAGAGAUGUAAGCAGUUCUCAACAACUGAAGGGAUAAUCAGACGGGAUAUGUUACGUUUUUCUUUGAGAUAAACCACUUUAGUGUGUGUGUGUAGACAUGGAGAUGGGAUAAAUAAACGAAUCCUGCUCUUAAGCCUGCUGUAAAACAUCCAUGUUUAAGUCAUAUUUGCAUCAUUUGUUUUUGAGUAAAUAAAACAAAAUAGGUUUCACUCUGGAAAAAUGAAAAAGUUAAUUUAUCUGUGAAGUUCCUGUCCUGGUAUUUUCAUAUGCAGGGAGCGAAAAAGAAGUCUGAGACUUUGAAAAGGAAGUGGUGACAUUUUAGGAAAAAAAAAACCACAUGUUUGUUUUCUUUCUUUCCAAGAAGCAAGACUGACAUUUUAUCUAGAUACAUUUGCUAAAUGGAUCGCAGGGAGGAGUAGCUGGUUUACCUCAGUUUUACCGGAACCAAAAUUCACCUGCAAGCAUCUUUAAAGCUCCUCAAUAAACGCAUCAGACUGUUUUAUGGCCAGGGCAGAAAGUUUGAACACUUCCUGCAGUUUGAUGCCAUUGUUCCAAAUAAGUAUGAUUAUGAAUUUGAAAUUUUAAGUCUCCUUUUUGAAUUGUUCAUUAUGAGAAGAGUAGAACUUUCCUGAAGGCUGCCAGGAUAGUUAGCUAUCUGUUCAAAGCUAAAACCUUUCUAGAUGUUUCAUCAGGAGCUGUUGUCUCAUUUAUAAGUCAUUUAGCCCAGACUGACAUCAGCAGUAUUAGAUGUGAAAUUCUAAACCAGGGGUACAAAGAGGCAGAUGGGUGAAUAGAGCAGGAGUCAUUUAAAUACAUAUCUGACUCCGACUGAAAUGUUUAAAGCAUUGUUACAGAGCGGUUUGUCUCAAUGUGAGGCGCUUUUAGGAGCUUAAUUUACUAUUUUCAUAAACAAACUAGUAGAAAUUAAAGGGCUUGUACAGAUCAGUAUUGACCGUUUGAGAACUUCCCUAUUUUCUUUGUGAGGACGUUUGUAAAUGUGUCUCUGCUUCUUACUGCACAUUUGUGGGGGUGAAAAAUAUCCAUACGAUGAACUUAACAGUCCUGACAGCCCGGUUCUGGCUGGUUGUAGUGGUUUCAUUGUAGAUCAGAAUAAGGAGAAUGUUCUUAUCAUUCUCUUCUGCUUUAAAAAGUGAGAAGUCCUAAUUUGGUUUGUUUUCUCUGAUUCAUUGGUGAUACAGUGAUGCUCAGCACCAACACAAUUAACAAAUGAAGUAAAUAAAUACUUUCCUCAGGAGAGAGAAUGAAGAAUAACUCUUCAGUUUAGCAUCUUGUUUAGAACCUGGAGGUGGAUGGGUGUCAGUCUUCUUUUCAGAAGUAAAAUAAACAUGUUUCAGUAAAUGUUUUCCUUUGAACUGUGCAUCUCCUUGUCCCAUUGCUGGUACUAGUAACUGCACAUCGCUUGAAUACCUUCAUGUUUUGAGGCCUCUGUGUGUGGGUGUGUGUGAUGCCCUAAUCUGUGCAGGGAAUUAAAUGCUUUAAGAGUUCCUAGUUUUAUCAUGUUUCCUGUUCCGAUGGUAUGUUAAAGAUCCAACAAAUGGACAGAGUUUAGGUUAUACAGAGAAUAUAUUUUUAUGUUUUAGCCUUUAAAGGCAUAGAGAACAUUAAACGAGCUGUUAUUUUUAUUUCCCAUCAUGCUGCAUUAUCCUGUCAGUAUUGUAUGGAGUUUAAGGAAUGACCAAAACAAACGUGUGUGUGUGUGUGUUCUGAGGGAUGCUCGGAUGAAUUCACUGAAGACCACGCAGUGGGAGCCUGGCAUCUUCUGUACAUACUCUGACCUUUGUGUACAUACUUGUGGUUGUGAUCACCUCUGCCUUUUUCUCUUUUUAUUUGUAGUUUUACUUUUUUUUGCAGGCGUUGCUAUCUGCACUGUGCUUGAAUCUGAAACUUAGACAGGAUGUACAGCUUCAA